UUUUUCCAUUCCCCGAAAAGUUUCAAGUCGGCAGCAGCUGGGAGUCUGGGAGAUCAGCAGCAAUGGCUCCAAAAAGAGGUGUAAAAGCUCCGGUUGCGGCUAAGAAGAAGCAGGACAAGGUGGUAAACCCGCUCUUUGAGAAGCGUCCGAAGCAGUUUGGGAUUGGAGGUGCAUUGCCUCCUAAGAGAGACCUGACCCGAUUCGUCAAGUGGCCCAAGACUGUUCAAAUUCAGAGGAAGAAGAGGAUUCUCAAGCAGAGGUUGAAGGUCCCUCCAGCUUUGAAUCAGUUCACCAAAACACUAGAUAAGAACCUUGCAACCAGCCUGUUCAAGAUGCUCCUUAAGUACAGGCCUGAGGAUAAAGCUGAAAAGAAAGAGAGACUCUUGAAGAGGGCUCAGGCAGAGGCAGAAGGAAAAUCUACUGAAGCUAAGAAGCCUAUUGUUGUGAAGUAUGGUCUCAAUCAUGUCACUUACCUUAUCGAGCAGAAUAAGGCACAGCUGGUUGUGAUUGCUCAUGAUGUAGAUCCAAUUGAACUGGUUGUCUGGUUGCCGGCAUUGUGCAGAAAGAUGGAAAUUCCCUACUGCAUUGUCAAGGGCAAGGCACGCUUGGGAUCGAUUGUCCACAAGAAAACUGCAUCAGUUCUGUGCUUGACAACAGUCAAGAAUGAGGACAAAUUAGAAUUCUCCAAGAUUCUUGAGGCGAUCAAGGCUAACUUCAAUGACAAGUAUGAUGAGUACAGAAAGAAGUGGGGUGGUGGGAUCAUGGGAUCUAAAUCCCAAGCCAGGACCAAGGCCAAGGAAAGGCUCCUUGCUAAGGAAGCGGCACAGAGGAUGUCUUAGGCUUCCUGUUUGUUUGCUUCAGGCAAUUCGAUUUUGUUAAAUUUUGUCGAGGGUUGGAGUUUGUUUCGUUUUUCUAUGGAGAUUGAUAGCUUAGACCACCAGAUUCUGUCAAGCAUAAAAAGUUUGUCUCUAGCUUAAAUUUAUUUACAAAAUUAUUCUUGCGACCAAA